GUGAUUCGACAAAUUAGCUAUCCUCUUUUAGUCAAAUAGCGAAAAGGGUGGCAUAUUGCUCCCUGUAAGUGCGCAGGCAGCGUCGGAGCCUAUUAUCGGACUGAUCCGGGGAAUCUGUCAUCGCUUUCUCGUUAUAGCUGGCUGCGGAAGACGGCCAGAGCGGGGUAGGAAAAGGAUAUGUCAGAGGGCAUCCAGCUGACAGAACCUCGUGUAUCCGGUGCAAGCACACCCAGCAAGAGGAAGCCAGCCGAGGGCAAGGACGCCCUUCUUACGGGCAGAACGUCAGCUGCACUGGAUACCAAGACGUCAAGCCCCCACAAGGGGGACAGGGCCUUCUGCGGGCCCACCAGCAGCCUCAGAUGCUGCUUCUCAUACACACCCUUCCUCUCAAUACUGGGCGUCCUCCUGCUCGUCGUGGGCACCAUCUUGUAUGGCCAUGAGGCCAGUGAGGCAGGAGGCAGCGUGAGGCGGUUGUUAGCAGCGGCGACCGGGCCUAAUGGGGACUUUGGCAAGUUGAAUCGUGCCUACUACGCUGCCUGGGUGGUCACUGUUGUGGUGGCCGUCCUGGCAGCUGUCUCUACCAUCAUCAUCCAGCUCUGGCGCACUGAGCAGCGCCUCAGGGCCGAGGGCAGGGUCGGCACAGGGUUCAGCACCGAGCGCAGAUAUGUGGUGCUGGAGUACAUCACAGUCAUCGUGGUGGUGAUCAUGUACGCCUUCUGCGUGUGGACGGCGGUCUGGUUCGCCAUCAAUCUGCUGAUCUUUGCCGUAGUGAUGAUUGCGGAGCAGGUGACUAUCUCCGGCAGCAAGCUGUUCACAACCGUGCUGCCCAUUCUGCGCGGCUGGCUGGAUGACGCUGCUGCCUCCCAUGAUGCCUUGGGCCAGCUGCUGGCUGGCAACCCUGCCAUUGGCACGGCUGCGCCUCAAUUUGUGGAGACGGCGUUCAACACCCUGAUCCCUGACAUCAACGCGAUCGGGGCCUUCAUCAACAAGCAGACCGGCAACAAGAUCAGCUACCUCGUCAACAGCCUCAUUGCCGGCUCGCCAGCUGUGGGUGCCGGUGGCGUCCGCUACUGCCCGGCAACGACCUGCAUUGACCUGCAGCAGUACACCUUCAUGAACAACAACGCCUGCAUCUGCAACUCGCCCAUCCUCGUCAGCAUUGCCACCCAGGCUGGAGACGCGCGCCGGCACUUCCUGCGCGCCCUCGUUGGUCUGGUGCUGGUGUACCUGGGCUCUACCCUGCUGCUGUCUCGCCUCUCAGCCGAGGCCGCCAAGAUCCGCUACGACGUGAACCUGCUCUGGACCAACAAGUUUGACAGGCUGAUCAUGCGCCGCGCGAGGGCAGGCGAGAACAACAAUGUGCCCCUAGCCCAAGUGGGGUCUAUGAGGACGCCCCAGGGGACACCCUCCAGAGGGAGCUCUCAGUACAUUGUGUGAACACAACAAGAGAAGUACUUGGAACCGCCUGGAGCAGAUUGUGCUUUGGAAUGAGUGCAGCAGGGCAGCGUUCUGAAAGACUGCCGACCAUGCAAGCUCUUAAUUUCUGAUGACUGUCAAAUGCUGGUGACACCAGGAUUGUAGGAAGUAUUCAGGGGUGAACCUGACAGUUUCACACCCAAGUACGCAUGCAAAAGCCCGUGUGCAGAUUGUUGAGUCGUCAUGUGCAUCUGUGUGGAAGGGAGAUGGCUGUGACAAUGCCAGUUCUGAUCCCAUAGUCUCAAAUGUAUGGUAAAUAGGGUCAUGAUGAGUGGCAUACGCUCAAGAUCACUUCAUGUAUUGCCUGUAUGCAAGAGUUGGCCAGUAUGCAUGCCGAAGUACUGUUUUAUCAGCAGCAAUCUUAUUUGCAAUCUCUUUGAUAUCGCGGCGAUAUUAUCGCCAUGUGAUUUUAUUUGGCGACCUGACUAUAUAUAUGCCACAUUCAGUGAAUCAACUCUAGAAAUUCGGGAAUGUAAUCUUGUUCUGGCUCU